GUACAGUCAGUAGUAUUACAUCCAGUCUCCUCCAGCAGCAGCAGCAGUAGUUGUACACACAGAAUAUGGCGGGUAUCAGCGCUGUGCUGCUUGCCGGUUGUACAUGUGCAGCAUUAGUGUACGGGGCUGACCCCACCUGUGUUCUGCUCCUGCUGCUACUCACCAUUGUGUUACUAUGUACCGUUAUCGCCAAGCCCGUGAGAGCCGGACAGGUGUGUGUGCUGGUCCUAGGAGACCUGGGCCGCAGUCCCCGGAUGAUGUACCACGCGUUGUCACUGGCCAGGAACGGGUUUAGUGUGACCCUCGCCGGCUUCCGUGAAACGGAUCCUCACAGAGAUGUUUUGAACAAUGACAAAAUACAAAUUCACGAGAUAUCCGACUUCAAGGCACUAAGAGUCGGUCCAAGGAUAUUUCGGUAUGUUACAAAGGUUGUGGUGCAAGCUUUUCAGCUGUUUUGGGAACUGAUGAAGAUAGAUCCGUCAUCUUUCAUCCUCCUUCAGAAUCCACCAGGUUUACCUAGCAUUGCAGUAGCGUGGUUCUUUUGUCUGCUGAGAAGAUGCCAACUGAUAAUUGAUUGGCACAACUAUGGGUAUUCAAUCAUGAGUCUGACAAAUGGAUCAGGACAUCCAGUUGUUCGCAUUGCAAAAUGGUAUGAAAAAUUAUUUGGACGCUUGUCUAAUUAUAACUUCUGUGUAACAAAUGCCAUGAAGGAAGAUUUGCUGCAUAACUGGAGUAUAAGAUCCAUCACUCUGUAUGACAAGCCUCCGUCAAUAUUUAAAGAGACUUCAUUGGAAUGUAAGCAUCAGCUAUUCAUGGAACUUGGCAAGGAUUAUGCUCCAUUCAAAGAUCAGUCAAAAAGUGCAAAGUCAGAUGUGGAAAAAUCUGCAUUCACAGAAUUAAACCUUUCAACUGGAACGGUUACAUAUAAGGCUGAAAGACCGGCCUUGCUGAUUAGUAGUACAAGUUGGACAGAGGAUGAAGACUUCAGUGUUUUAUUAAAUGCAUUAAAAGACUAUGACAUGUUUAUCAGGAAUGGAACCAACCUUCCCUCUCUUGUUUGCGUUAUAACAGGAAAAGGACCAUUAAAGGAAUAUUACACUAAAUUAAUAAGAGAGCUUCAGCUUGAGAAUAUCCAGAUCUGUACACCUUGGUUAGAAGCUGAAAUUUAUCCAGUGUUACUUGGAUCAGCUGACCUGGGAGUCUGUCUUCACAAGUCUUCCAGUGGUUUGGACCUUCCUAUGAAAGUUGUUGAUAUGUUUGGCUGCUGUCUUCCUGUGUGUGCAGUCAAUUUUAAAUGCUUACAUGAACUUGUAAAACAUAAAGAAAAUGGUUUGAUAUUUGAAGAUUCACCAGAGCUUGCCGAACAGCUAAAGAUGUUAUUUACUUCCUUUACUACUGACGCCAGCAAACUGAAACAGUUUCGGAAAAAUCUACACGAAUCCAAACAAAUGCGUUGGGAGGAAAGCUGGGAUCUAACCGUUUUACCAGUAUUUAGGGGCAACUUUAAAACGUAACACCGUUACGGAUUUGUUUUAAUGUUGAAUUUUAAUAUUUAAAACUGCUUGUCUAUGGUGGCUGGAUUGAUUUACCCUGGGGGUACCUUUUGCGAAAGGCAACCUUUUAACAGUGUUGUUCAUUUAGAUAAAUUAGAUACAACUGUUGAAAGGCAGAACAUUCAGCACACGUUGUCCUUAACACAUACACCUAUGUAUUUACAUUUUGGUUCUGAAAAUUAUAAAAAAAAUUAUAUUAUCAAGAAUCCAUAAAUUUGUUGGAUUGGGAUUAAAGGAGUAUUAUCAUAAAAUGUAUUUCUGCUGUUCUCCCUACUUCACUGGUGGGUAAUAUAUUCUUCAGGGACCUCACAAAUGGUUCUUGAUUCCACAGAACACUACAAAUGAUCUUUGCAGAGGCAUGAGAUCGCAAUUUUGACAUCAAAUCCCUAGCAUGAAUUAUGGCCCACCAAGCCAGAGAAAUUGGGUUCAACACAUAUUUUAUUGAAGACCGUGUAACUGCACUGUUUUUACAUUCUAUCAGAGGGGGAGAUAUAUGAAGGGGAUGCGGUCAAGAUCCUGUCGGACGGAAUCCCAGCGGUCGAAAUACCGACAUCGGGAUCCCGACCGGCACACUCCCGACAUAUUCUCCCCCUGUGGGUGUCCACGACACCCAUAGAGGGAGAAUAAAUUAGUGUGCCGAGCGUAGCGAGGCACCGUGCCCGCAGCGUGGCGAGUGCAGUGAGCCCGCAAGGGUCUGCGUUGCGCUCGCCCCUGUCGGGUUUGUGCCGGUCAGGAUCCCCGGUGUCUGUAUUCCGACCGCCGGGAUACCGUCCGGCGGGAUUUCUUACUGAUCCCGUAUGAAGCAGAGGAAAAGUGAGCCAGUGGAGAAGUUGCCAAUUGCAUCCCAAUUUAUAAAAUUAUAUCUCGCAACUGAUUGGUUGCCAUGGCAACUUCUCCACUGGCUCACUUCUCCACUCUUUUCACUGCUUAAUACAUCUUCCCCAGAGUCGCUGCAAAAAAAGAUCAGAAACCUGUGGCUAGGAGAGCCAUGUGCAAUCACUUUAAGAGUCUAAUAUAGCUGUCAGCUGACUACCAUUGCUAAACAUUUUUUUGUGCAUACCUACGCUGCUAAAUGAUGCUUAUAAUGGUGUUCAGAUUCCAUGCUUACUGUAAUCUCACACUUGAGCACUAGUGAUGGUUUUGGGCAGAACCACUUCAGAAUAAAUUCAUACUUGCCAACAUUCUGAAGUCCCUCUCCGGGAUGGUGGCCAGGUCUGGGAGACUUGCCCACUCUGCCAGGCGGCCGGGAGCGCCACACGAUUUUCAAGUAUGAAUAAAUUGGCCUGGAUAAAUACCUCCAACAGUUAGGAAACACAGCAAAUUUACAGCAAAUAAUUAUGAAUCGAGGAAUGUUUUUUAUCAGUACGGUGAUGCAUGAUGGCAUGUAACAUAAAAAUAUCUGUAGACAAGAGUAGUUAACUAUUUCUAAUGUCUUUUUCCUGUACAUACCUGUGACCCCAUCACUCUUAUGCUACUGUAGGUACACUCAGACCUUGAGAGACAACUACCUAGGCUUUGUUCUGCAUUAAUAUACUAUAGAGCUUUCACAGUGACUCAGUUUCAGCAUUCCUCCCUCACAAGGCCGAGACCAUGGGUUUGAUUCCAACCAGGGCACAAUCUGUGCAGUUUAUAUGUUCUCCCUGUGUUGCAUGGAUUUCCUCUUAGUCGAAAAAACAAUAAAACAAUUGACCGCUGACAAA